AUGGCUUAUUUGGGGCGUGCACGUAAAGAUGGUCUUAAGGCUUUAGCAAUUGAGUUGGGUCAUGAUAUUUCGGAUGACAUGAAAAUUACCGAUUUGUGUCAUAUUAUCGAAUCCGGACAACAUUCCCCAGAUCCCGAGAAGGUUGAAGCAAUACAAAAAUUAAGCCAACCAUCCACUAAGAAGGAAGUCAAAAGUCUUCUGGGUUUGGCUAGCUACUAUAGAGAUUAUAUUCCAAACUUUUCAGAUAUAAUGCUACCUUUGACCGACCUUACAAAGAAAAACGUUCCAAACAACAUUCCUUGGGACGACUCAGUUGAACAGUCGUUUUCUAAGCUCUAA